GAGGAUUCCUCCGCCGCGUCCGCGUUGGAGUUGGACUGGAGGACAGCUCACGCACGCCGCUGCUUUCGCAGCCAGCCAGAUCCGUCGGUUCCAACGAAACAAUCCCACCCACGCCCGCCACCGCACCGGCAUUCCCAUCUCCAGUUCUCCAUCUCCAUCUCCAUCUCCGAUCCGCUGCAGCCGCAGGCACGUUCUCCUUCUCCAUCUCUCCGGCCGCCCGGCGCGCGGCAGCCAGCGUCAGCGAGCGGGCCACUGUGUCUGUGUGUGUGCGCGUGCAGCUACCUAAUUUUCGCUGCACAAAACCAGGGAGCGUGGGGGGCAGAAAAGGAAGGGGGAAAAAAGGGUGAGACAGAGGUGCGCGGCCAACCUGCGUGGUGCGGGUGGUUUCGAGCACGGGCGAGCGCUCGCUGCCGAUCCCAAUCCGGCCAGCAGCGGCCGCCCCGCCCCGCACCGCCGGGCCUCCCUCCGGCCGUUCUCCCCGCCCGCCGGCCCGCCAGCAUCACACCAUGGCGGGCUCCAUGGUGGACCGUGCCACCAGCGACCAUCUCAUCGGCCCGGACUGGGCUAAGAACAUGGAGAUCUGCGACAUCUGCAACCGCGACCCCGGGCAAUCAAAAGAUGUCGUCAAGGCACUGAAGAAACGGAUUGGCCACAAGAAUCCAAAAGUUCAACUUCUUGCAUUAACUCUGUUGGAAACUGUUAUAAAAAAUUGUGGGGAUAUACUUCACAUGCAUGUCGCAGAGAGAGAUAUAUUGCAUGAGAUGGUGAAGAUAGUGAAGAAAAAGUCUGAUCCUCGUGUUAAAGAGAAGGUAUUGGUGCUGAUAGAUACAUGGCAAGAAGCAUUUGGGGGACCACGUGCAAGAUAUCCACAAUACUAUGCAGCAUACCAUGAGUUGGUGCGUGCUGGAGCUGAAUUCCCCAAGAGACCCGAGAAACCUGCACCUUUGUUUAAUGGUCAGUCUCAAGCAGCAAGGAAUAUGCGUAGUCCUGACCAACAGGAUGAAGCAGAAUCUUCUGCUGCCAAUGAUUUUCCUGCUUUGAGCAUGUCGGAGAUUCAGAAUGCUCGUGGUAUUAUGGAUGUACUUGCUGAGAUGCUGAAUGCUUUAGACCCUGGAAACAGAGAGGGACUAAGGCAGGAGGUAAUCGUGGAACUCGUGGAUCAAUGCCGCACUUACAAGCAGAGAGUUGUGCAGCUAGUUAAUUCUACCACGGAUGAGGAACUUAUGUCGCAGGGGCUUGCAUUGAAUGAUGAUUUGCAGCGUGUUCUGGCAAAACAUGAUGCAAUAGCAGCAGGCAUUGCAGUUCGAGUGGAGAAAAAACCAAAGUCUUUGCAAGCACUUGUAGAGACUGAGGAUUCGGCAAACCAGGAUUCCAAAAAGGAGCAGGGACUCAUAGAUAUUGAGGAACCCACAAGCCAAGAUGCUGCAAAAGAACCAAAUCAAAGUACAAGUGACCAAUCUCCUUUUGAGCAAUUAGCUCUUCCAGCACCACCAGUGUCAAAUGGCGCAGCAACCUCAGCACCAAAAUCUGAUCUUGGCAUUGAUCUUCUGAGCUGGGAUGAUACCCCUGCCCCUGCUACAGCACAAAAUUCACUUGCUCUUGUUCCUGUCACAGAUCCUCUUGCUGAUUCUACUUCAUCAAAUCAAAAUGCGCUAGCAAUUGUCGACACAUUUUCACAAAACAGCACCGCUAACAGCAAUGCUCAACCAGCUGACCCCUUUGGUCUCAAUCCAAGUUCUGUUAUUCCAGGAUCGCAGCCAUACAACACUCCAACUCAGCAGCCUUUCCAGUCGCAACAGCCUCCGCAGCAGGCGGCCCUCUAUACAAAUGGGGGUGCUGUGAACCCUGGAACGUCUUACGAUCAGGCAUCUCAGUUUAACAAUGUUAGUUCUGGGUGGAAUGGUCAAACUGCCAACCCGGCGGCGUCCCCACCAGAGCAAACACUGAAUUAUGAUGAUCAAAGUGGAAACCUUCCGCCACCUCCUUGGGAGGCUCAGUCAGCGGCGAGCAAUGAAGUGCCAAAUGGCCAUUUGGGAGGCAUGCAACCUCUCACAGGGCCAGGCCAGAUCGGCGGCAUGCAGCAGCCACUGCAACCACAAGUUAACCACAUGGGAGUUCCACAAAGCCAGCCAAUGUACAGUAACCAACCAGGAGUCGGGCUGCCUCAGCAAGCGAUGCAACCUGGUCAAGUUGCCGCAACACAGAUGCAGCCAGGUUUUGCAAACCAGCAGUUCGGUUCGCUGCCACCAACAUCCAUGAUGGGUGUGCAGUUCGGUGGCAUGCAGCCUCCACAAAUGUAUGGCGGAUCGCAGCCAGUCAUGAUGUACCCGCAACAAAUGCCAGUCGCACAGUAUGGAGCAAUGCCGCAGCAGCAGCCGAUGUAUGGUGGUCGGUUGGCUGGGUACAUGCAGCAUCCUGCUGUGGCUGCUGCACACUACUACAACAACCAGGGGACGGCGGGAAUGUAUGGGUACCCUGGCGCGAACGGGCUGUCUCAGAGCAUGUAUGGCCUCACGGUGCAGGACAACUCGUCCAUAGGGAUGACCUCAUUGUACCAGACUACGACGGCGCCAACCCCUGCGGGGCAACCAAUGAAGCCGACGAAGCCUGAAGACAAGCUUUUUGGUGACCUCCUGAGCAUUGCCAAGACGAAGAAAGCAUCAUGAGACGAGCAGGAGCAUCGGCUUGGGCCUUCAUAUAUAUUCUCCCAUAUUUUUGUGAUUUUUCAUGUUGUUUGAUCUUACACUUGUAACAUUAUCAGAAUGUAUAAGCUUUUUGGGGUCCUUUUUUUUUAUUCCCACGCUGUGAUCCUGAUCCUAUUAGAUUCGUUAUUAUACCGUGUGCGUGUACUGAUCACGCGCAAGAGGAAAUGUUGGCCGUAAAUGAUGAUUCAAUAAAGGGUGUGCCGUACGUACGUACGUACUUACUUA